GUCGCACUGAUGUUCAAGUGGUGUGUCAGAGCCGGCAGGGAGUUCCAGAUGGUCCUGAAACUCGCCAGCGAGGAUCCGAAGGCGGUCCUGGACAUCAUAGGGGGGGUGAUAGUGAGCGCGGUGGAGGUCGGCCUGGACAGGGCGCUGGCGUCGCUGGAACUGUUGAACGAUUCCCAUUUGGAGGUUUCCCAGGCAAAAGACCUGUUGCAUUCCAUUUUGCACGACGUGGUCGAUGACUUUGGUCCCAGCGGGCUCUACGGAAGAAGGAGGGGAAGCCUGCUGGCGUCGAUCGAAGGAGAACAGUCGGAAAUAAGAAGGAUCGGAGUAACAUCACUUGUAGUAGCAAUCGUACCCUUUGUAGGAGUGGUGUCUCUUCUGGGAAUCCUUCCUAUUAAGGCAUGCGAGGAGCGGAUACAAUCGUACAAAAACCGGAUAUAUAACAUGGAGUCGCUCCACCGGAGCUCGAAGAGGGCGCUGGAAGAGGCCAGGCAAGUAGUCAAGGACGGGAUCGAGCUGCAGCUGGACGAGGACAUAAGACACCUAACAGUUCUCAAAGCAAAAAUCGAUGAGGCCCACCUUGCAAGGACCUUUCUGAAGUCCAAGAACCCCGACAUCCGAGCUCUAUUCAUUCCGGUUCUAGGGAAACUGAGGGUGCAGUGCCAGAGCUUCGUCGAGUGGCAUGGCUCGAUGGAAUGAUGGAAUUCUUAUAUUUGUUAUAUUGUUCCCAAAUAAAGGAGACUGCAGCU